AUGAAGGGCGACUAUCUUCGUGAAUUUGUUAAUAGAGAAUAUCCGCGCAUCAUGAAUCGAAUUGUGUACGGAUGUUGUAGCAUUUGUAGAGAACCACUCAACGGUUCUUGGUGUGAUAAGUGCAAAAAGCUUGAUUAUGGAAUCUGUCCAAUUUGCGGUAAAACAAGGACCGGGAUAUGUUGGUGCCAACAUUGUGAAGGUCUUGAAUAUAUAAAUAAAUUCAAUAAAUGGACAAGUGGAAAUGAAGUUAUUGACAAGUUUUUAAGAAAAACUCAAGUUAAUCCAAAGCAUUUUUGGAAUGUAUGGGAAUGGAUUCCAUACACGCAAUUUAUGGAUAUCCAAUUUCUUGGUGAAGGUGGCUUCUCAACUAUCGAAUCCGCUAUUUGGUUGGAAGGGCCACGAAACAUGAUUAAUUAUCAUAUGAAGUCGACUGUUAGGGGUCCAAAUAAGAAAAUUGUUCUAAAAAGAUUACAUAAUUCGCGAAAUAAUAGUAAAGAGCUUGUGAGAGAACUCCAAAUAAUCCAUGAUUACCAGAAUAUAUUCAUAGUAGGAAUUUACGGAAUUUCUCAGCACCCGGAGACCGAUUGGUGUAAUGGGGGUACUGUUAUUAAAGAAUUUGAUGAUAUCCAGAUCAACACCGAGUCAUUAAAACAAUAUUGUUCCGAAACUAUUGACGUUAGCAGAAAACUUCCCAACCUUCCAGAAUAUUACAUUCACACAUUCAAUAGUUUGUGUGUUAAACAAACACUAAAAUUUGGUGAAAAUAGUUGUAAACGUGAUCCAAAGAAGCUAAUAGAUGAUUUUAUUAAAGAAAUAGCAUUAAAACAAAUGCAUAUACCUAAAGAUGCGAUUAGUAAUAUGAUAAAUGAGGAACAGCUCAUAAUUGAGCCGGCUCGAGCCAGCUCUGAGCUGAGCCAAGUCAAGUCGGCUCGAGCUGGCUCAGAUAUGAUCAU